CAAUGGCCGUAAACCAGAUGAGAGUGUUAUCGAUUUGAGUUUUAAAUGAGUGUUUCGGUUUUUUCGUACGUUUUUAGUAUGUAAGAUGGUGCGAAAAUAAACGAAAAUGUGGAUCACGACGAAGACGAAGAAGUACGGCGUGGCCAUUUACAAUUACAAAGGCGACACGAGGUUCGGGCUUCCGCUCGAGAUUGGUGAAACCGUGCAAAUCCUAGAAGAAUGUCCCGGCUGGUACAGAGGUUUUUCGACGAAAAAUCGCGCCCUCAAAGGCAUCUUCCCGCACUCUUACGUCCACCUGAAGCAAUGCAAGGUGGAUAACGAGGGUCUAUUUGAGAGCGUCGUUCCCGUCGAAGAUCCCGUAGUGCGGGAGGUGACGUUGGUGCUUAGGGAAUGGGGAAGAAUAUGGAAAGGGAUUUUCGUGGAGAGGAACCAUUACAAAUUUGAAACCGUGGGUAAGGUGAUGAGAGACCUUUUGGAAUGGAGACGGCAGCUGGUAUCGGGCACGUUGACCCACGACCAGACCAGGGAGCUGAAGCUGAAAAUCAUUCAGAAAAUCGACUGGGGUAACAGAAAAUUGGGAUUGGACCUGGUACCCCGCCAGGGGGCUAACAUGGUAGAGCCGGAUUCCAUGUCGGUAGUGGAAUUGUAUCAUGUUCACGUGGCCAGCGCUGAAAACACUCAGGGAGUUUCCGCCAGAGGCACGAUAAAAAAGAAAGAACAAAAGAAAACGCUAACGCACCAUUUGUACUUUUGCAUGCGCGACUUCGGCCAUCACAUCGGCGAGGAUACCGAGAUAUAUUUCUCGCUGUACGAUGGCUGCAAACAGAAGUACAUAACCGAACGGUUCCUAGUCAAAAUUUCCAAAGAGGGUUUUUCGAAUUAUAUCGAAAAAUUGCACAGUAAUUGCACAGUAUUUACGGAUCUUGGCAAUUCCGAUUUGAAUAAGGACGUGUACAUAGUUGCUCACGUGAUGCGAAUAGGCAAAAUGCUCUAUUCGGACAGCUCAAAAAAGACUGAAAAAUCGGCGGGCCAGCCCCAAAUGUUCAAACGGCCGCACGGCAUCGCCGUCCAAAAUCUGGGCGACUUUUUGACGAGCAAAGAAAGCGACAACGACGAAAAGGAAAUCAGCAUGAAGGUGUAUCAGGGUGAAGACAAGGACUUUUAUCAGCUCCACGAAUUCAUCAUCAGACAAUCGGGCAAGUUCAGCGCCCUAUCCGGUCCGAUAAACUACGGCAUAAUGAUCUCGUUGAAAAUGCUACACGGCGAACUGAGGGCCAUACGCGAGGAGAGCCCUCUGCUGUUCAAAAACGUCAGUCUAACGAACAAGUUGGGUUUCCCAGACGUGAUAAUGCCCGGCGACGUCCGAAACGAUUUGUAUCUGACGUUGGAAAGAGGAGAGUUUGAACGCGGCGGUAAAUCCACGGGCAAGAACAUUGAGGUGGCCGUGGUGAUAUUGGACAGCGAGAAAAACGUCAUUAAGAACUGCCUGUGGGGCGCGUCGGGGAUGGAAGGUGCCACCGAAUACAACUCGAUGAUACUGUACCAUCACAAUUCACCCGCUUGGGCUGAGAACGUGAGGUUAACGUUGCCUAUAGACAAGUUCGCCGGAGCUCACGUCCGUCUAGAGUACCGACACUGCUCAACCAGGGAGAAGAACGACAAGAAACUGUUCGGUUUCUCCUUCUUCCGUUUAAUGGACAAAGAUGGCGCCGCGGUGCAGGACGGUCAGCACGAGUUGUACAUUUACAAGUGCGAGGAUCCGUCCAAGCUGGAUAACUGCGGGUACCUGGCGUUGCCGGCUUACGCGAAGGACUACGAGGGUAACCACGAGGCUAGCGGACAGUUCUCCAGGAGUCACAAGGAAAUCAUUUACGUACGCACGCUGCUGUGUUCGACGAAAUUGACGCAGAACGUGGACCUUCUCGCGUUACUACGAUGGAAAUCGCAUCCGGAAAGGAUCCAGGAAUCGCUCCAGCGGGUGUUGAAGCUGGGCGACGAGGAGUUGGUGAAGUUCCUGCAGGACGUGUUGGACGCGCUAUUCGCGCUGUUUUCGACGGAGGACGGCAACUCGACCGCCCACAGCGGUCUCGUGUUCCACGUGCUGGUGUCCAUUUUCAAUUUACUGGAUGGCUCGAAAUAUCAACACUUCAAGCCGGUCCUGGACGCCUACAUCAAGAACCAUUUCGCUGCCGCACUCGUCUACAAGGGUUUGCUGACAAGCGUGCAACACUGCGCCGACUGGGUGGUGUCGUUCGACAAACAGGAACCGAUCCAAAAAUGCUUCAAGAGUCUGGAGUACAUUUUCAAGCUGAUCAUACAGAGCCGGCUGUUGUUUUCGCGCGCCACCGGCGGCCAUUACGAGGACAGUUUCCGGCGCGACCUCUACAGCGUGUUCUCGUCACUGAAUAAAAUGCUGACGAUUAACGACGCCCGUAUCAUCAACACCCAGGUGGCGCUGCUGUUGGCGCUUAGCUCGGUGUACGAGCAGCUGAACGAGGUACUACCGACGAUCGAGUGCACCAAAUUGGCCGCGACCAUGCUCGAUUUUAUACCGAGGGAACUGUCGGCGCCUUUAGCCCAGGCCAAGCUCGCCUGCAUCAAGAAUUUGGUUACGAGCAAGCUGUUUCAGGACGACGAGUCGAGGAAUAUUCUCUUGGCGAACGCCUGCAAACAUCUGAGCUACCACCUGAUCAGAAGGGACGAGCUUAAGCUUUGCACGGAAAUAUUGGGCGAGAUUCUCGGUUUUCUCUUCAGGCACAAAAAAAUUAGCGAGGAGCAAGGCAAAAUCAAUAACUGCAUCCACCACGACGUCGACACGCUCAAUCUGUCGGUUUUGGAAGUGCUGAUACAGUGCAUACUCAGCAUCAUCGACAAGGAUUCAAAGAUUUUGGGAUGUUUGGUGGCGUGCCUCAUAGGGAUCCUCCAGCUUUUGGACGAGUUCCACUACAAACGCCUGUGGGAGGUGCUCAUGGGUCCUAAUUGCGAUCGUAAACCGCUAAAAGACUUCCUGCUCAGAGUUUUCCUCGUAUUUCGAAACCUAAUCCGCAUGGAGGUGUUCCCACCCGACUGGCUGGUGAUCAAAAUGCUCACGAACAACGUCAUCCUCAAAGCGCUCCAGGAGUUCGCUCAACCCUUGGCGUUUAAAUUUUUGGACAGCAGGGCCGGAUAUUUCGACAAAGAGCUCUGGACGAACUACUUCAACUUGUCGGUGGAUUACCUCACGCAGCAGUCUCUGCAACUCGAACAGUUCUCCGACGUUAAGCGGGAGAAAAUCAUCGAAAAAUACGGCGACAUGAGGGUGCUGAUGGGUUUUCAGAUACUCUCGAUGUGGUCCCAACUCGGGGAGUGCAAGUUGCAUUUCAUCCCGUCGAUGGUCGGGCCUUUCCUCGAAGUAACCCUCGUGCCGGAAAUCGAGCUGCGCAAAGCCACACUGCACAUAUUCUUCGACAUGAUGGAGUGCGAGCAGAGGGCGAGAGGUAACUUUAAGCAGGUGGAAUGCGAGCUCAUCGACAAGCUCGAUAUACUGAUCUCAGAGAAUAAGGGUGACGACGAAUACAGGCGGCUGUUCAAUACCAUGGAACAUUUGAGCGCAGUGCUGUUGGAUCGGGUUCAGUCCGAAGAUCCUACGUGGAAAGAAAGCGGGGCCGCCUUUAUCAGCUCCAUAACGAGACUGUUGGAGAGGCUUUUAGAUUAUAGGAACGUUAUACAGGGCGACGAGAACAGGGACAAACGAAUGUCGUGUACUUUUAAUUUGCUGAAUUUUUACAAGAACGAGUUUAACCGGAAAGAAAUGUACCUGCGAUACAUUUACAAACUGCACGAUCUGCACUUAUCGGCCGAGAACUUUACCGAGGCGGCGUUCACGAUGAAACUAUACACGGAUCAGCUUACGUGGAACACGAACCAGAUCGUUCCGGAUCCGAAUUAUCCGAACCAUACCGAAUGUCAAGUCAAGGAGCUCCUUUAUCGGCAAAUCAUCAAUUAUUUCGACAAGGGAAAGUGUUGGGAGAAGGGGAUACCGCUUCUAAAAGAACUCGCCAACCUUUACGAGACGAUAUUCUUCGACUACAAGCAGUUGAGCGACAUCCUCAAAUGUCAGGCGAAAUUCUACGACAACAUUCUCACCCAGCUCCGUCCGGAACCCGAAUAUUUCCGGGUCGGUUUCUACGGUCUCAGUUUCCCGCUUUUCGUCAGGAACAAACAGUUCGUAUACCGGGGCCUCGAAUACGAACGGAUAGGCGCUUUCACGCAGCGACUUCAAACCGAGUUCCCUUCCGCACAGAUAUUGAUGAAAAACACGCCCCCGGACGAUUCGAUCGUCAACUCGGACGGGCAGUAUAUUCAAAUUUGCAACGUGAAGCCGAUCCCGGAAGCGACGCCUAUCACUUUGGCGACCGAUAUUCCGGAGAAGAUCUCCAGGUUCUAUCACUAUAACGACGUGAAACGGUUCCAGUGCGACAGGCCCGUACAUAAGGGUAUCAUCGACAAAGAUAACGAAAUAAAGACCUUGUGGAUAGAAAGGACUGUCCUGGAGAUCGCGGCGCCUCUGCCGGGCAUCCUCAGGUGGUUCGAGGUCAUAGACCGACAGACCGACGAGAUUCCUCCGGUGCAAUACGCGUGCGAAACGAUGCAAACCGUUGAACAAGAACUGAGACAGCUGAUCGCCGUGUAUACGCACGACACCAAGCGGAACUUGAACCCGUUCACGAUGAGACUGCAAGGUAUCAUCGACGCGAACGUCCAGGGCGGUCUCAGCAAAUACCAGCAGGCGUUCUUCACGAAGGAAUUCGCCAAACUCUAUCCGGAGCACAAGGUCUACGUCAACACCCUGCAAGAUUUGAUCUUGAACGCUACCAGGGUCAUCGAGGAAGGCCUAUACCUGCACGGCAAACUGGCGCCGCCUAGCGUCCAACCGUUGCACCAAAGACUGAUCGAGCGGUUCUUCCAGUUGAAGGAGAGCCUCGGCUCGUUGAACCAACAAAUGCCCAAUAGUAUAGUGAACACGCCCCUGCCGCCGGUACCAUCCGAAAAACGCCUCCUGGCGGACAACAGCGGAAGCAAUCGUUCGUCAAACUCGAGCGGCAACUACGGCCAUCUUUUGGAGCACCAGACGCUGUUGGACUACGACAGCGUCUACUCGAAAUCGCUGGUAGGGCUCAAAACACUUUUUAGCCGAGGAAGGAGUACGUUAAGUUACGCAACUGAGUAUGCCUUUAGGUUUUACGUGUCGACAGGGGAAUGUUGCAUGCAUAAAGACCUAGACAGACCUAUACUCAGCCGCGAAAAUUUAUCGCUGCCCAUGGGGAAUAUGAUUACAGCGCCCCCUAUACCGCAACGAGAGUCGAGGCCACGGUCGCAGGGAUUUAACGGCACCAACGCGACGGAACUGCGCACGCCCACGAGAGGCACCGCAGAGUACAACAGCAUCAGUUUACCGUCCAUACGGAACAGGGAUUCGGAUCCGUGCGAGGUGCCCCUCCCACCGAAAGCGACGCACACGCGCGAAAGGUCGCUAACGAAACCUCCCUCGCCGCGACUUUUAAGGCACGCCAUGUCCAUGACGCCUACCGACGGAACGCCCCUAAGAAACUCGUGGCCAGACUCGGGCAUCGAAGGGGCGCCCCCUUUACCGCCACGAUCUCACACGCCCGAUAAACGGGUCCAGAGCCUGCCGAACGAACCGCCCCCCAACAUACCGAAACGGGGUCAGAAGAGGUCCACUCCCUCCAUAUGCAGUGCCGAGUAUCUGCCGCUGGACGAGCCGCCCACGGCCACGACGGCGGCCCCAUCGUCCAGCGAGGGUGACCUGGUGACUUCAGGCUGCAGUCUGGGAACCGGGACGUCGGGCGCUCACGACUUGCGGGAUUCCGGGAUCAGCAUGAACGAGACCAAUUCGGUUUUGAAUAACUUCAACGCUCACUGUUACGAAGACUUCGACAUGCAAACGCACCCCUCGGAGUUGAACAUAUCGGUCAGUCCUCAGGAGGGUGACGCCUCUAGUCCGAGGGAGGAGCAUCCGCCCCCUAUCCCGCCGAAAACGGGCGGGAGUUUGAACUCUAGCCUCGAUUUUGGCGGUAGUUUGGAAAGGCCACCGAGAAGAAAAGAACUAACCCCAUCGAACGACAUAAUAAGCCCUCCGGAGAACUACUCUCACCCGAAGCUGUACCGGGAGAACGAGACCAAGGGAGCGGAUAAGACCGAACCGUCGCACCUCUAACAUGGCCGACGAA